AUGGUCUUCCUGUCUGGCUUUGCGUUGUGCGCGGCCGUAACCAGCGCCACUGCGCUUCAGAUCCCACUGCUGUCGUCGAGCAACCAGGCGCUGCUCGGCCAUCCCCAGGGGACUAAGCCGCUAGUCAACUCGACGGAGCUUCAGGAGCUCAUCAGUGGCGAUAGAUUGAUGACGCGCGCGAAGAAGCUGUAUGAAAUUGCCAAACUUGGUGAAGCCGAGUACAACCAUCCGACUAGAGUCAUUGGUAGCGCUGGCCAUCUCGGCACCCUAUCAUACAUCUACGAGACUCUGCUCGAGCUUGGAGACUAUUACACCAUCUCCAACCAGUCCUUCCCUGCCGUGUCUGGCAACGUCUUCGAGUCGCGCUUGGUCAUUGGCGAUGGCGUGCCCAAAUCAGCAGCACCCAUGGGCCUGACCCCAGCAACAAAGGACAAGGAGCCCGUACACGGUGAUCUCGUCCUCGUUGAUAACCAAGGCUGCGAGGCAUCUGAUUUCCCCGACUCUGUGGCGGGCAACAUUGCCUUUAUCAAGCGCGGCGUAUGCCCAUUUGGCACAAAGUCCGAGCACGCUGGUCGCAAAGGCGCUGUGGCGGCUAUCGUAUACAACUAUGAAAAGGAUCCUGUUUCGGGCACUUUGGGAACACCAUCGCCCAAUCACAUUGCCACCUUUGGUCUCUCUGGAGAGGAAGCAGAGCCAGUCUUGAAGAAGCUUGAACAGGGAAAGCACGUUGAUGGCAUCGCUUACAUUGAUGCCGAGGUCAAUGAAAUCCAAACUGUCAACAUUGUCGCCCAGACAACUCAAGGUGAUUCCGACAAUUGCGUCAUGCUCGGCGCCCACAGCGAUAGUGUGACUGAAGGCCCGGGUAUCAACGAUGAUGGCUCGGGUACCAUAUCUCUCCUCGAGGUCGCUUCCCAGCUCACCAAGUUCAAUGUUUCCAACUGCGUCCGAUUUGCAUGGUGGGCCGGCGAAGAAGAAGGUCUGCUCGGUUCUGAUUACUAUGUUGCCUCGCUCUCCGACGAGGAAAAUCAAAAGAUUCGUCUGUUCAUGGACUACGAUAUGAUGGCCAGUCCUAACUUUGCCUACCAAAUCUACAAUGCCACGAAUGCUGUCAACCCGAGAGGAUCGGAGGAGCUUCGCGAUUUGUACAUCAGCUGGUAUGAGGAUCAGGGCCUGAACUAUACCUUUAUUCCCUUUGAUGGCCGCAGUGAUUAUGACGGAUUUAUCCGCAACGGCAUUCCAGGCGGUGGUAUUGCGACUGGCGCUGAAGGAAUCAAGACGGAGGAGGAGGCUGGCAUGUUUGGCGGCAAGGCAGGGGACUGGUAUGACCCAUGCUACCACCAGCUUUGUGACGAUGUCGGCAAUGUCAACAUCACAGCCUGGGUCGUCAACACAAAACUCAUUGCUCAUUCGGUCGCGACCUAUGCCCAGUCUUUCAAGGGCUUUCCUAAGCGCGAGCUUGAGGUUGCUGCCACGUCAACCGUGUACAGAGAUAACGUCAAGUACCAUGGGGAUCAUAUGUUUAUCUAG